AUGGGGGUCGGAGUGCCCGUGCGCAGCGGAGAUGCCACCUUCCCCAAAGCCAUGGACAACGUGACUGUGCGGCAAGGGGAGAGUGCCACGCUCAGACCGGUCACCCGAGUGGCCUGGCUGAACCGCAGCAGCAUCCUCUAUGCUGCAAUGACAAGUUGGUGCUUGGACCCUCGGGUGGUGCUCCUGGCCAACACCAAAACUCAGUACAGCAUUCAGAUCCAAGAUGUGGAUGUGUAUUGAUGAGGGCCCUUACAACCUGCUCCGUGGCAGACAGACAAUCACCCCAAGACAUCACGCGUCCAUCUCAUCGUGCAAGUGUCUCCGAAAAUCAUCGAGAUCUCUUCUGACAUCUCCAUCAACGAGGGUGGCAAUGUCAGCCUCACCUGCAUAGCCACGGGCAGGCCAGAUCCAACAAUCACCUGGAGACACAUCUCACCCAAAGCUGUGGGCUUCAUCAGUGAGGAUGAGUACCUGGAGAUCACGGGCAUCACACGGGAGCAGUCGGGAGAAUACGAGUGCAGCGCGUCCAACGAUGUGGCAGCGCCCGUCGUGCAACGAGUCAAAGUCACUGUCAACUACCCGCCCUACAUCUCGGAUGCCAAAAGCACCGGGGUGCCUGUGGGGCAGAAGGGCAUCCUGCUGUGUGAAGCCUCUGCUGUCCCCUCUGCUGACUUCCAGUGGUACAAAGAUGACAAGAGGCUGGCUGAAGGACAGAAAGGACUGAAAGUGGAGAACAAAGCCUUCUUCUCCAGACUGACUUUCUUCAACGUCUCCGAGCAGGACUAUGGCAACUACACCUGUGUAGCUUCCAACCAGCUAGGAAACACCAAUGCCAGCAUGAUCCUCUACGAAGAGACAACUACAGCUCUGACACCCUGGAAAGGCCCUGGAGCAGUGCACGACGGGAACAACGGCGCGUGGCGGCGAGGGGGCUGUGCCUGGCUGCUGGCCCUGCCACUUGCCCAACUCGCCCGCCAGUUUUGACCCCAAGAGCCGUCCCGCAGAGGAGCGGCGGCGAUGACCAUGGCCAGCGAGCACAAGCAGAAGAAGGAAGAAGAUGAUGAUGAUGAUUGAUGACGAAGAAGUGUUCACUGUUUCCGAAAAUAAUCAUAAGAAUUGAGAGAGUAUCCAGCCAGGCCACCUGGGGGAGGGGGAGAGAAAGAAAAAUACGCAAAAAAAACCAACCAACCAACCAACCAACCAACA